AUGACAGCCUUCGAAGACCAGUGCCCGUGCUCCAACUCCAGCUUCUCCCACCCCCGCACCUCCCCAUACCACUCCCCUGCCGCCAUGCAUCAGCCUGCCCCCUCCAUGAGCGUCCUCGCACCUCUCGCAGCAGCCGGCGCAAUCUGGGCCAUCUUCUCCCGCAAUCACAAGCGGAUGCCCAGCAUCGGGGACGUCGCUCGCGAUCUUCUGUUCGAGCCGCGGUCAAAGGUUCACUCAGACGGAACGGGCCACGAAGCCAUCGAGGACUAUGGAGUCAUGCUCUCCUCCAUGGCCAUCUCCCCUAUAUCAUAG